AUGGAUCUUGAGGAGGCAGACUGGGAACUGUCAAAGGAAGAGGCUACUGUCGACUGGAUGUUGCUGCUUGAGGUGGAGCCUGUUGUAAACUAUGCAACUGAGCUUCAAGAAACCGCAGCUAUUCAUGCUUUGAAGCAGUUAUCUACAAGACUUCCCUGGUUACAAAUUCCUUCUGAUGGUCGUAGGAUUCUCCAAACAGAUGCUAGUGAUACACACUGGGGUGCAGUCCUCCUUGAAGAAAACCCUGAUUCUACAAGAACAGUUUGUGGUUACAAGAGUGGCUCAUUCAAAACCUCUGAAGCCCAUUAUCACUCCACAUUUAAGGAAAUUCUUGCAGUCAGACGAGGCAUUGAGAAAUUCCAGUUUCAUCUCAUUGGACACAGGUUCCUCAUCGAACUGGACAUGUCAAGCUUUCCCUGA